AUGUCUACUUGGUCUUCCUGGUUCCCCGGGCUUCCGUCGUUCGAUUUCUCCUUACCCUCCACAAUUCAGCGUCGGUUUCUUUCUUUCGUCCUCAAGAAGUUAUUGGGACAUCUUCUAAAGCCAGGGCAACUCGAUCUUCAUCAAAUAGACUCGCAGAUAGGCUCUGGUGUCGUGCAAGUUAGGGAUCUCGAACUAGAUGACCAGGCGAUCAAUAAACUUCUAUCAGGAUCACCUUUCAGACUCCAUGAUGGCUCCAUAUCUUGUGUAACUGCGCAAAUACCUUUCCCCAAUCCUCUCACUUCUAGUGUGGGGCUUUCGGUACAGUCACUACGCCUCACAUUGCAUGCGACACCUCCAUCCGACCCCUGGCUCUCCAAAAGGUUAGCAGAGACGUUCAUUCAUGGCGAGCUUACCCCUCGGGAAGAAGCGACGCUCCGAGAGUCCUUACAUUCAGAUUCCCGACCACCGCACGUCUUUGACGAGGGUCAUCACCUUCCUGGAGGACUAGAUUCCUCUACUAAUCAACACCCUGAAGAAGAUAUCGGAAUCGAUUCUGAUCCUUCUGGGGUAUCUCUAUUUGCCACCCUCUUCGAACACUUACUUGCAAGGUUCGAGUUCUCUGCUGUGGACACGAAAAUAGUCAUCGUCCACCCCGGACACUCAAGCUUUACCCUGUCAAUACCCGACAUUACAUAUAGUACAGACUCGGGUGUUCAAAAGCAGCAGAGUGCUGAAGAUGGGCUAUCGAGAAACAUUGCUCCUGAAAGAAGCCCACGGAGCGGUCACAUACGUACAGUCUCGAUAUCAGGCGUCACCGUCACCUCUCGGGAUAUUCGACCUACUUCACAGCACCCUGUCGCCUCGCCACGGACCUUGUCGCCUGUGUCGCUCACUUCGUCCCGUGUUACGCUGAACGACCAUCGGCUAGCUCAUCGUCCCGUGUCACCAGCAUCCUCUUAUUCCUCCAUCGACGAAGACACGCAGAUGAUGAUGUCGCAGUCCAUUGCUGCUCUUCCACCACGUAAUCAGUUUCCUGCUUCCCCUUCUAGCUCAGUUAUGAGUAGCAUGUAUCAGAGCGCGAUCUCUACUACUGGCGGCAGCUCUUCAGCCGUUCUACCAGGCCUUGAGCCACUCGGCAACCUCAAUACGGGAGAUAUAGCUCAGCCACGCUCGCGCGAUCACACAGUAGGCAAUCGAGAGUCCACCUAUGUACCUCACUGGGCUACAGAAGAUCUUGUUUUUUCUGUUGGUGCAGACCCUAUUGUUGUUCGACUACAAACGCCGCUCGGCUACACGAAGCAUGACGUAGCACACGUGUCGACUGUCGCGCCUGAGAUAGUUUCACCUGCCAUGAAGAACGUUGCGGACAAGGAGGACGAAGCCUUAGGUCUCAGCGUCAGUGUUGGCGUCAUGUCCUGUGCUCUUCGCGCUUGUCACGUCCGCAUGCUAUUGGAAAUGCUCAAUUACUGCGGAUCCAAGGAUGCUGGUACUACUCCUCAAAAUCCUGAGGUAACGUCAAGCACAUCGGUUCUUCCAUGCGGCUUGCACGCAAGUCUAAACAUCCGCGGAAUUGUGACCCUUUUGAUAUCUGAGGCCGUAGAUCAAGAAGUUCCUUCGUUGGAAGCAUUUUUCCAGUGCCCACUUGUCCCCCCGAGAUUACCUUCGACAUACUUGCGCGUAUUAUUGGAGAAUGUUGCUGGCUCUUUUGAUUUAUCUGGGGCUUCUGGAAAUCAGACUGAUGCUGCAGUACACACUUCUCCGAUAACAUCCACCAUUUUUCUCUCGAAUCUCUCGGUCUUCAUGUACCACUCUCCCUGGAGUGCCGAUAAGGACGAGGCGCAACUUGCGCUACCCGUCCUCAUUACAGACCAUCAUCUACAUAACCAAUAUGUCGUUAGUCAUUGUCGCCCAUGUUUCUCUUCGACGCCAAUUCCGGCACAGCCACUUUCCGAAGUAGCGUUGCCGACCUUUGAGGUAGUAGACUGGACUGCUGCGAAACUUGCAGGAGGCUCUUCGAAGCUCUCGACCUGGAGAGUGAAGUCUCACACAGGGAGGGAUCAGUCAUCUCACAGUCCACAUUCGAAGACUUCUGUAUUUCCCACUUCUCCAAAACCACCCGUAGCAGCUUUGUUGAGUGAAGGACUCGAGAAGUCAUCUCCUUCCAGUGCUGUUACCUUCACCGCUCAUGUAUCGCCUGCAACCACCCGUUCAGGGGGGUUGACCAACAUCUCGAUUCGGAUUGCACCGUUGCACGCGUUCUUCGAUAUCGACAUCAUGCUUGAGGGCGGCGGUAUGCUCAGGUUCCUUGAAGAGGUCCUAGCAGCUGAAGGAUCUCCUGCUCAGGACAUUUCCGACACAUCUCAAGGGCCCAGUUCACUGGACGACACUGAAGAGGAGGAUUCAGUAAGCAAUGAUGAACUCACUUCAUUCAUGACACCGAAGCAACUCGAACGCGAGAGGGAAAGAAGACGCUUGGAAAGACUUGUCCUCGAGGAUUUGGACUUAGACAUUGACUAUCGGACGGGGGCACCGUCAUCGAGACAGAGACCUCGCAACAAGCGAGCCACGAAUGCCGAAUUCAAGUCCAAAUCCAAGCAAACGUCACAUCCGAAGAUCACCAUUAUCUUACCUGCCCUCCGCGCUGAGCUUCGAUGCGAAUCCCCAUCCCUUCAAUCUUCCCGAUCAGGAGGCAUUAUACUGGAUUUCCAUGACAUACAGAUCUGUAACAAACCCCUCGACCAAGACACACCGACUGUCAGAUUCGGAGAUGGUGGUGAAUCAAGGAAUCCCGGCAUCAAAACUCUGCCAGGACAACUCCUGAGUGGCCAGAUUAGGGGGAUUGUUUUAUCGUAUGCGCCUGCAGGAAAUUCAAAAGCUCAUGCCUUUGUCUCGCUUGGUUCUUUACCACGGACGGAUGACAUUCACCCCGGAUCGGCUUCAUUGCUGUUAUCGGAACAGGCGCCGGACUCCCUUCCCAUUCGCUUUCAGUUGACUCAGCUGGCUCCAUCAAAGUCUGCUGUUUCGUCUUCGACACGUAGGACUUCCGUCGUCGUCAACGUCCCGUUGGUUAACGUCGUCCUGGAAAAGCCGAUCUUCGAUGGAUUGCAAAUUUGGGCUGACAGUGUCACACAAGCAAUCACCACCAGCACGGACGAAACAGAUACUGAAGUCGCUCACAGCCGCAACCCGAGCCUGAUUGGUAGCAGGUUUUUCGCAAAAUCAAGGCGUGUUGGGAGUCGUGGAAGUGACGAGAGCAGCUUCGGCACUGCAGUGUCGACGCCGAAACAAAGCGAGACGGCUGUGAAAGUGAUCAUUGCCGAAGCUUUGGUAAGAAUCCUGACAUCUCGUUCGCAAUCUUCCGUGUUCUCGAUUCGUCCUUUCGAUAUAUCCGCCUCUGACAUCGACGUCCUCGUUGAACUGAAACCUGAUGGCAAGGACGAGACUGUCAUAACCUCAAGCUUGAUGGACCUUCAUGUCGGAGAGGUGUCACCAAAGUGGGAGCUCAUACCUCUCCUCGUAUUGACAUCACCUCGCAGUCUGUCCUCUGUGCCAAGACCGAUGAUAAAGGCUCGCUUCACUUCCCUCAUCAUUCCCGAAACCAGCGCAAAAGAGACCAAAAUACGGUUGACUCUCUGGGGCUUCACUUGCCAUGUUUAUCCAGAUUUGCAGUGGAUUUCGGACGUAGCUCAGUUUAUGAAAGCUCCACCGGGGGUAGACGUGUCAAUCAAGACAUAUGCCCCCAGCCACCCCGGAGCUGCAGUCUUGUAUAUCGGCGAAGCCGAACUAAACACUGAGCUUGCUGGUAAUUCCAGCGCGUUCAAGUUCAAGUUGCUGGUUCCUUCCUUGUCAUUUCUAUUGGUCGAUUCCAUAGCCGAUGCCCUCAAUGGUCCGGGAUCUGCCAAAUCAACCGGAGGAUCCAGUCUCAACUUGUGGAAGAAUUUUGGUUUUGCAUCGAUUGCAGAUAUUGGAGAUCUGGACCUUGUGUUCAAGACUGACAAUGCAUUGGUCCCUCCAAGUGUUGGCGUCCUCGUGAAUCGAGUCAGCUUACGGGUGCACCUAUGUGCGGAUACUAUAGCUGCGCUAGCAGGCUAUAUUGGUGAUUUCACGUCCAUAUUCAAAUCCCCCUCUCCUGUGAAACCAACGGUGUCUAGCAAGAAAGUUCCUGCUUCUUUUGUUCAUCGUCCGCCUGAACAAGGCAUGAUGGCGUCUCUCGACGAGCAAGCUUUCAGGCGAAUUCCUGAUGUCGGUAAUGCAGCCGAUAUGAUUAGCGAUGACUUACCGAAGAAUCUCGAUUACCUGGACGAAUCCUUUGGUUCGGCCGCUGGUUUGCGGGAGCUUCGGGAUGAUGACCUAGAAGACUUCGAUAUGCAAGAGGAUAGCCAAAAUGCACCAGUAGCUGGAGAGACUGGAGUUGUUUCCAAUGUCGGCGGAGAAACAAUCCGGAUCAUCAAGCCCAUUCGUCCUAUCGAGCAUUAUUACGACAGUAUUCCUCCAGAAAACACGGACGAUCUGGCUAGUCUACGCGAGACUAUUGUCCGAGUGCGCAUCCAUGACUCUGACAUAUCGCUUUUCCUACACGAUGGUUUCGAUUGGCCCCGCACACGAAAAAUUGUGGAGCAAGAAAUCAAGGACAUGCGCAAGAAGUUAGCCAAGAUUAGGCAGCUGAUUGCGACUGGUCAGACCUCAGACCCCAGCGUGGAGGAGACAAGCGCGAUGUUAUUCAACUCAAUACACAUUGGCCUUGACCAGGACUUUGAUGGUCUUGAUCCGACAGCCCUGGUCGCUGCCAUUGACGAUGAACUCGACGAGAAGGCGGAGACAGAAAGUCACAGCUCUUGGCAAACCCUUCCUCCAGCAUCACCUGGACAACAACAGCGAAUGCCCUCCACUCGCAUCCAUGGGCGAAGAUUGACGAGGUCUAAGGGCCCAAGUAUUGAAAUCAGGCUAAUUGGCCUGGAUGCUGAAGUCGAUAAUUAUCGUCCGAAAGAUGAACUUGUCUCCAGGACGCUCGUUGUAGUAAAGGAUGCUGAAAUUUUGGAUCACGUCAAAACGUCCACCUGGAGAAAAUUCUUGACCGAACUACGGUCGGACUCUCGAGGCAAUAUUCGUGAGACGGACUCCAGCAUGGUUCGCAUCGAGCUCAAGACCGUUCGACCGUCUCCUUCCCAUCCCUCCGAGGAAACACGUUUACGCGCCAAACUCCUGCCAUUGCGACUAUAUGUUGAUCAGGAUGCACUCGACUUUUUGAAGAAGUUUUUCGCAUUCAAAGAUUCUGACAGUCCAUCUGCACCCGCUGAUGCUCCCAGCGAGGAAACAUAUAUUCAGCACGCCGAGGUCUUCCCCAUCGAUAUCAAGCUUGAUUACAAACCUCGACGCGUGGAUUACAGGGCUCUGCGAGAGGGAAAAACGAUUGAGCUCAUGAACUUUUUCCAUUUUGAUGGCGCGGAGAUGACUUUGAGACAUUUGACCUUGCAUGGGAUCACGGGUUGGCCCCGAUUUUUUGAUACAUUAAACGACCUCUGGACGCCGGAUGUCAAGGCAACACAACUUGUGGAUGUCAUUUCUGGCGUAGCACCCAUUCGUUCAAUGGUCAAUGUUGGCUCUGGAGUAGCAGACCUUGUUCUGCUACCUAUUGCACAGUACAAGAAGGACGGGCGCAUCGUCCGUGGAGUUCAGAAGGGUACCAAGGCAUUCGUACAAUCAACUGCAAUGGAGGCGAUCAAACUUGGGGCUCGGCUGGCUACAGGUACUCAAGUCAUUCUGGAGCAAGCUGAAGGCGUGCUCGGGGGCCAGUUUAAGGAUUCAAUCACGGCAGAAACGUUUCACAUACCAUACGAUGACUCUGGAGACGAACCAGAUGAAGAAUUGAUCAGCAGAUAUGCGGCUCAGCCGGCUGAUGUCACAGAAGGAGUUCAAUUCGCAUAUCGCAGCUUGCAAAGAAACUUGCAUUCCGCUGCCCAAACAAUACUUGCUGUUCCUAUGGAAGUGUACGAGAAGUCCGGAAACGAAGGUGCAGUCCGCGCUGUGGUGCGCGCUGUCCCAAUCGCAGUCUUGAAGCCCAUGAUUGGCGCCUCCGAAGCAGUCAGCAAAACUUUGAUGGGACUUCAUAAUACCCUGGAUCCCAACGUUCGCCAUGAGAAUGCGGCCAAGUACAAACAUCGCUAA